GGUUUCCUCGGGGUCGGGCUGAAAUCUGUCGGUUGUCCCUGACUUGUGGCCACGUUUAGGCAAAAAUCCUGGAUCUCAGGCGCAGUGUGCCAACAUUUACUGGGCACUGGUUAAAUCAACAAAUCAGCAGGCGGGUAUUAGUCCGUUACUAUGGGCCAGGUACUGUGCCUUGCGCUCGGGUACCAGGACAAUCCCAAAGUGCCCUAAACAAACAGACUCUGGUGGCUCCACGAGGCCUGUGGCUGGGCGCCUCGUCUCCGAUUCUUUCCUCCUCCCCACCCCCCAUCAUUCCAAGAAAUAGCAAAUGUUUCUUGGAAACGACAAGGGCCAAUCCGGCCGCUUCCUCCUUGGAGCGGCUGCCCCCAGCCUUAAGGAGCCUUCUCCAGGGUCGGCAGCUCGCGGGGCCCCACCACAUGCUUUUCCCCCGGAGGUUUCUCCUCUUCCUCGCCCCUCCCCCUCCUCUCCUGGCUUCAGCCCCGCCCCUCCUCCCCUGCCCCCUCCCCCUCGGGCCUGGCUCUUGCUGGGAGCUCUUCCUUUGUCACUGCUCCGCCCCGGCCGGCCCAGCCCAGCUGGAAGGACUGUCUCCCCGCUCCUUGCCCAUCGCUGUCGCGGCUGAGCUGCCAUACAUGUUACAUCCCAGAGCCAGGGUCCCGCCGCACGGGCACGGCUGUUGGUCUCCGGGAAGGGGGUCCCGGCGGACCGGCAGCGUGUGCUUCUCCGUUCCCCCUUCUAUCAGCUGCAGGACUCCGGCCAUGGUGAGCGAAGGCAGGACGAGCGGCUCCUCGGAGGGCAGCAGUAGCGGCAGCGAAGGCUCCCAAGACGGCUCCCGCUGUCCCACUCCCGUGCUGGACGCCGAGCGACACGAGCGCCUGCGGGAGAAGAUGCACCGGAGGAUAGAAUCGGGGGACAAGUGGUUCUCCCUGGAGUUCUUCCCUCCGCGGACUGCGCAGGGAGCAGUCAACCUCAUCUCUAGGUUUGACCGCAUGGGGGCAGGUGGCCCCCUCUUUGUGGACGUAACCUGGCACCCGGCAGGGGAUCCUGGCUCAGACAAGGAGACCUCAUCCAUGAUUAUCGCCAACACAGCUGUAGACUACUGUGGCCUGGAGACGGUCCUGCACAUGACUUGCUGUCACCAGACCCAGGAAGAGAUUACCGGCCACCUGCACAAGGCCAAGAGGCUGGGCCUAAAGAAUAUCUUGGCAUUGCGAGGAGAUCCCAUUGGGGAUGAGUGGGAGGAAGAAGAAAAUGGCUUCAGCCAUGCCGUGGACCUGGUGAAACACAUCCGCAGUGAGUUUGGUGACUACUUUGACAUCUGUGUAGCAGGUUACCCCAAGGGCCACCCAGAAGCGGCAAGCUUCGAGGAGGACCUUCAGCACCUGAAGGAGAAGGUGUCUGCGGGGGCCGACUUCAUCAUCACGCAGCUCUUCUUCCAGGCGGACACCUUUUUAAAUUUCACCAAAGCCUGUGCAGCCAUAGGCAUCACGUGCCCCAUCCUCCCAGGAAUCUUCCCCAUCCAGGGCUACCACUCCCUGCGGCAGCUGGUGAAGCUCUCCAAGCUGGAGGUGCCGCAGGAGAUCAAAGACGUGAUCGAGCCCAUCAAGGACAACGAUGCUGCCAUCCGCAACUACGGCAUCGAUCUGGCCGUGGCCAUGUGCCAGGAGCUGCUGGCCAGCGGCUCGGUCCCCGGCCUCCACUUCUACACCCUCAACCGGGAGGUGGCCACCGUGGAGGUGCUGAAGAGGCUGGGCAUGUGGAACGAAGAUCCCAGGCGUCCUCUGCCAUGGGCCGUCAGCGCCCACCCCAAACGCCGGGUCGAGGAUGUCCGACCCAUCUUCUGGGCCUCCAGACCCAGGAGCUACAUCUACCGCACGCAGGCCUGGGAUGAAUUUCCCAAUGGCCGCUGGGGAAACUCCUCGUCCCCGGCCUUUGGGGAGCUGAAGGACUACUACCUCUUCUGCCUGAAGAGCAAGUCCCCCAAGGAAUUGCUGCUGAAGAUGUGGGGGGAGGAGCUGACGAGCGAAGAAAGCGUCUUCCAGGUGUUCACCCACUACCUGUCUGGAGAAGCCAAUGGGAGCGGCCACAAAGUGACCUGUUUACCUUGGAACGACGAGCCUCUGGCCGCCGAGACCAGCCUGAUGAAGGAGGAGCUGCAGAAGGUGAAUCGCAGAGGCAUCCUCACCAUCAACUCCCAGCCCAACAUCAACGGGAAGCCGUCCACCGACCCCGUCGUGGGCUGGGGCCCCAGCGGCGGCUACGUCUUCCAGAAGGCCUAUCUGGAGUUCUUCACCUCCGGUGAAACGGUGGCGGCUCUUCUCCAGGUGCUGAAGAAGUACGAGCUCCGAGUCAAUUACCACAUUGUCAACGUCAAGGGUGAAAACGUCACCAACGCCCCCGACCUCCAGCCCAACGCCGUGACCUGGGGCAUCUUCCCUGGGCGGGAGAUCAUCCAGCCCACCGUGGUGGAUCCCGUCAGCUUCAUGUUUUGGAAGGAUGAGGCCUUUGCCCUAUGGAUUGAGCAAUGGGGGAAACUGUAUGAAGAGGAAUCCCCCUCUCGGAUGAUCAUCCAGUAUAUCCACGACAACUAUCACCUGGUCAACCUAGUGGAUAACGAGUUCCCCUUGGACAACUGUUUGUGGCAGGUCCUAGAAGACACCUUUGAGCUCCUCAGCCGGCCUGACCCUCAGUGAGAGACGGGGAAGCUCAGGGGCCUGGAACCGUCCCCAUUGCCCUCCUCAGCCUGACCCCUGAGCUCCCCAGGCGUCCUCUCCCCUGUCCCCCCGCCUCCUCCGAGGAUUCUCCAGUGUUCUCUUCUCCAUCCCAUCCCGUCCCCCUCGCCCUGGCUCCCAUCGCCUCCUCAGGGUGGCAGUGACUGGUUACCCCUCCGUGCUUGGAUUCGCCCCGAGUCCGCACUCGAGGCCUGUGGGAUUUCCCCCACACCCUAUGCUAUUUCCCCCUUUUGUUGGGGAGUAACUCCGUCCUGCAACAUACCGGCUCCAGGCCGUGGAGAACCAAUGGCUCAGUUCUCCUGGUGAGGGGAAGUGAGCCUGAACACUGGGCCGGAGUGAGCCAGCCGGCCUGCCAAAGAACUGGCCACGGGCAGGUUCAGUCCCAGACGUACCCGGGAAUGCCCCGCCGCCUCCCAGGGAGGCUGGGCUUUGCCUCAGUUUCCCCCUCUGUGAAAGCAGAGUGAGCGCUAACUCUUCUGCCUCUCUAGGCUGUCAGGGCAGCCAUGGAGCAAUCCUUCCCUUCCCCUGGAGCCUUGCUCGAGGCUGCCAUAUUUACUGGCAUUUUUACUUUCUGGACUGGCUGGAAACUCUCAAGGUGGAUUCUCCCUCUCACCUUCCGGAUUCCAGGACUGGCUCUCUCUGCACUACACUAGCCUCAUAAGCUGCUUUGUUUCCAGACUCCCCGUUUGAAACAAAAUGCCUUAUGGGGUUUCAAGCUACUCCAAAGCAUUUAUAGGGGCCCUUUUUUUUCCUCUUCAGGGGUCAUAGGAGGUAGAGGAGGAGAAGAGCUAUGACCCUUAAGGGCAAAGGGGUCAAUCUAGACCAAAAGGAACCAGUCACGUGGCUGGGCAGCUUUGGGGCCCCUCGUUUCCUUCCCUGCUGGGCCCGCCAGCAUUCUCUCAGGGGGCCUUUUGACUGACCCUGGCUGAUAUCUGCUGCUUUUUUAUACCUCUUUAUCUACUAUGCUCAGGUCUGACCCACUCCAUCUUUUUCCUUCCUCUCCUCAAGUUUGUCUUGUGUGUGAAUGAGUAUCAGCAACUAGCACUUUCCAUGCCGCGAGGGUCAAUCGUGCAAUCUGGCAGCUACAGGGUUAAGGGAAGGGCCUCUCUCUGCCCUCCCCACCCCCACUCCACCCCACCCCCUCCCCUUCUAGAACUGAGACCAGCUGUCUUAGAGCCAGUGCUAGGUCAGCAGAAAGAAACCCUGGCUAGGGAGGAAAGCGGGGUGGACAGAAGGAAACUUGCAGCAAAGCAGAACCUGGGAAGGGUGACCCCCAACUCCAGCCAGCACCGACCCUAGAGGUGGGGGCUCCCCAGAUCACAGUGGGGGGAUUUUGGUGGCCAUUUUAGACCAGCAGCCUACACAGGAUCCCCUUAGACUCGCAGGGGUCCUCAAACUUUUUAAAUAAGGGGCCAGUUCCCUGUCCCUCAGACUGUUGGAGGGCCAGACUAUAGUAAAAACAAAAACUUUGUUUUGUGGGCCUUUAAAUAAACUUCUUAGCCCUGGGUGAGGGGGAUAAACGUCCUCAGCUACAGCAUCUGGCCCGUGGGCCGAAGUUUGAGGACCCCUGCGAGAGCAUCCCAAGUUCUGCUUACAAGCCCAGACCAUUUGGAAGUCUGUCUGGGCUGCAGUCGCCUAGCCUUUGGGGCGAGUUUAAAUCCCCCUGGAGCCAGGGCAGCCAGCUCUUCUCUCCCCUCCCCCUCUCUGAGGCUCAUUCCUUCUCUACAUAAAAGCAUUUGAAGGUAGUUAUGUUCUGGAUCCCCAAGUUUUCGGUUUUUUCUAUCACAUGGCAAGUUUCUGGUCCCCUCCGGUUAAAGGUCACACCUAUAAACUGAAAUACAUUGCUCCAAAUCUGGCCCAGAGUAGGCUGGGCUCUCCAAUGCAGGGCACAGACUCGACCUAGAAGAAGGCUGGGAAAGGAAUAGUCCUUUAUUGUCUGUCAAAGGCAGGGUUUCUGCCCUGAGGCUGUUUUUCAUUAAAACUUUAUCAGAUAAA